ACAUGCAGCGUCAGAGCAUAGCAGGUCUUUAUUUUGCUUCCUGCAACCUAGUCAAUCCUCUCCAGACCCGGGUCAAGGUGUACUUUGCUGAGGUAGAAGUCACUCUUACAAAGAUAACCGAACACUGGAUUCUGAGUGGUAAGGUUACCGACCAAGAGACCCUGGAGGGGUUGCAGCUGCUUCGCGAGCUGUGGAAGGACUUAUGCAUCGUUGAAGGCAAGCGGUCUCUCCCCGACAGACCGACUCAGCCUGGAGAUCCAGAAACACGUAUGCCAUGUCUGCUAAACUAUGAGAUGAGUCCGGGGAAACCUCACCCCAAGCCGAAGUUAUACUACCCUCUCACGGGGAUCCGGAAAUGAGAAUCGCCAACGCGUUGACUGCCUUCUUUCAGCGUCAUAGUAUGCACAAUCAGUCUGCUGCCUACACCAAUAAUCUCAAGUUUUACUAUCCUGGCAAGGAUUUGGACGUUGCGACGGACCAUCAGGCCUGGCUUUCAUUUUCUUAUACGAAAGAAAAAGGGACCGUAUCUCACCACGUAUUACCAUUAGGACUUGCCAGAGGAGGCGGAGGACUCGUAAUCCUCGAGGCUGUGUGUCUGAGGAGCUUGUUGAAAGGAUUGGCCGUGUACGUUGUUGUCGGUGCCCGCAUGUGCUUACAGAAUCCCCGGGGGACGUAAGGGACUCGGUCGGAAGCACAGUGUCUUGUGAAUCCAACAGUUUCCUUUGUAUCCUGC